AUGAGAUAUACUUCUUCAUCUGGUCUAUUGAUACCGGUUUAUUUGGCCGUCAUCGUGCUUUCCCAAUCCUUCGACUGUCAAGAUAUCUGCAAACACCCUGGAUUAGGGAUAUAUGAAAAUGUGACUUCGGAAAACGGUUCAUACAAAUAUUCUCAUCAUUAUUACUACUCACGAAGAAUACGUCACGAUCAGCCGUAUCCAGUUGUUAGUGACAGUUUUAAAAAAUUUAGUACCACUCAGAAUGUUAAGCCGAAAUUUUCGUUUAAAUACUACGGUAAUAACGUCACUACAUUUGAGAUUCUUCGUUAUGGUACAAUAAGAAUAUUCGGAGAAAACGAAAUCGGAACGAUAUAUCAUGCUUAUUUCGGCAAAUUUUUUCCUGAAUAUGAGAUGGUAGUUAACAAUGAUUUUAUUGCUGUCAAAUGGCAAUUUCAGAUGUUUUCUGGAGAUCAUAUAAUCAAGAUAACUAAUGUGAUACAUUCCAGUGGGAAGAUAUCCCUCUAUUAUGAGGACAGCUCCACGAAAAACGGGGAAAGUUCAAUAAGCUCUAUUAUCGAAGGUGUAAUUGAGUGUGGAAAAACGUUGAAAGAUGUGAGAAUUGCUCAAGUAAGAACUCCCGGAGAAUGGAUGAAAAACGACACGUUAGUGGAGAUUGAACCUAUCAAGAUAAGUUGUUCAAUAUACAAUUCCAUUGAAAAAUGCCAAAAUGCGACAACAUCAAGUGUGAAAUGUAUCUGGUAUGAAAAAGCUAAUAUGUGCAUUAACAGUGAUGAUAAUGAUGUUAAA